CCGGGGGAUCGCGAUCAGCGAUGCACCGCGCACCGCCCCUUCCCGCGCGCCGCCACGUCUCGAGCCGGAGCCGGGCGGGCCCAGGGGAUGCAGCUCCCUGGUAAUUACAGCUUUAGCUGCAAGCUGUUUCCAUGAUCUCCUGUGAAGCUCAGAACUGUGCUGCUGUGUAACAUCUUGAUGCUGUUGUUGCCAAUGGAGAGAAACAGGACUUGGUAGUUCACUUGGCAGCAAAUUAUUCAGAAGACAAACUCCAAAGGUCUGGAUUGUUAUUACCAUGGACUCCUCGACUGUCCAGCAGGACGCUCACUUGGAGAAUGGAGGCAGUAGUGGGGCCCCUAGCAGCUCUGAAGAGCUGUUGGAUUGUAAAGCCGAGUCAGAUUUGCCAGUUACAACAGAUGACAUUAACACUACCAGUAUUAACGUCAAUCAAGUGCCAAAAGAAGAGGGAAGUCUGGAGAUAAACAGCAAAGUGGACACCUGCCAGAAUGGGCCAGAGUCGCUCUUCCCCACCUCUCCUGUAUCUUUUGACCCCACCAGCAGUGCGCAGGGUCAAGAGUCGUCCCCAGGUGUGACUGGUUUCCAUGACAGCCUAAGGAAGUCUCAGGGAACUAGUGCUGAGGGCAUAGUUCUUAGAAAAGAAGCUUUGCAGUCUCUCAAACUAAGUCUUCCCAUGCAAGAAACUGAAUUGUGCUCAGUAGAGUCUUCACUCCCGUUGGAGAAAGAAGAACAAAUAAGACUUCAAGCAAGAAGGCGGCUAGAAGAACAGCUCAAACAAUACAGAGUGAAGAGACAUCAAGAAAGAUCGAAUCAGUCUACAUCUAAAAACCGGCCCUCCAGCACCCUAGAUCCUGAGCUGAUGUUAAAUCCAGAAAUCUUGCCAAGGGCUAGCACUGUAGCAAUGACGAAAGAGUACUCCUUCUUGCGGACAAGUGUCCCCAGGGGGCCAAAACUGGGUAGCUUGGGACUUCCAGCGUCCUCAAAAGAGAGGAAAAGUUCAAAAUCUAAACCCAGUAAGAUCCGGUCCUUGGCUGACUACAGAACUGAAGAUUUAGGCUCUGGAAACACUACUGGCAAUUUUGUGACUACGGAUUCAUCUGGUGGGACUUUGAAGCAAAGCAGAAGUGGUCCAGCGUCGGUUGUUUCUGAGAUCAGUCUGCCUUCUGACACAGAUGAUCGAAUAGAGAAUUCCUCCUUGGCAGGAGACAGCAUUUCGGAGAUUGAUGGGAGUGAAGUGGGAAUGAGGCUGGAUGGAAAUGAGAGUGACAGCUCUACCUACAGCAGCGUGUCAGGAAGAGGGCCAUAUAGCAGUUUACAGAAUGCAGAAGGCAAACAGAGUAUUCCGUACACGAUAAACGGUCAGAAGAUACAUCCUGAUGCAAUGGGGCAGUUCCCUUCCAUCAGUGAUGUGCUACAGGCUGCAGCAGUGGAGCAUCAAACCCAAGAGCAAGAAGUUAAUGGGGAAGUACAGAGAAGGAGGGACAGUAUUUCUAGCAGUGUUUCUAUGGAAAGCUCUAUCGCAGGAACUCAGGAUGAAAUGUUGCAGGUUCUGAAGGAGAAGAUGAGACUUGAAGGGCAACUAGAAGCACUCUCACUAGAAGCUAAUCAGGCUCUCAAGGAGAAGACUGAGCUACAAGCCCAACUUGCAGCUUUGAACAUGAAGCUUCAGGCACAGGUGGAGCACAGCCAAAACAGCCAGCAGAAGCAGGAAUCUUUGAGCUCAGAAGUGGCCACAUUAAAGCAGUCUUGCUGGGACCUGGAACGAGCAAUGGCUGACCUGCAAAGUACUUUGGAAGCAAAGAACGCUAGUUUGGCUUCUUCAAAUAAUGAUUUGCAGUUAGCAGAGGAGCAGUACCAAAGACUCCUGCUGAAGGUUGAAGAUAUGCAAAAGAAUGUUCUCACCAGAGAUAGCACAGUUCAUGAUCUGCGACAGCAGUUGGCUUCCUUACAGAACCAGCUCCAGAAGGUGCAGUUGGAACGGACCAUGCUGACCAAUAAGUUAAAGGCAUCUGAAACGGAAAUCACAUCGCUCCAAAAUGUGCGGCAGUGGUACCAGCAGCAGCUUGUGCUGGCACAGGAGGCCCGUGUCAGGCUGCAGAGCGAGAUGGCCAAUAUACAGGCUGGGCAAAUGACUCAAGCAGGUAUGUUGGAACAUCUAAAACUGGAGAAUGUGACGCUGUCUCAGCAGCUGACUGAAACCCAGCACAGAUCCAUUAAAGAAAAGGAACGUAUUGCAGCACAGCUGCAAAAUAUUGAGGCUGAUAUGUUAGAUCAAGAAGCUGCCUUCAUGCAGAUCCAGGAGGCUAAAACCAUGGUGGAAGAAGACUUGCAGAGAAAACUAGAAGAGUUUGAGGAUGAGAAAGAACAACUUCAGAAAAUGGCUGAUUCUGCAGCAACAUUAGAGCAGGAAUUGGAAAAGGUCAAGUUGACUUUGCAUCAGCGAGAUCUGCAGCUUGAAUCUUUACAGCAAGAACACCUAGACCUAAUGAAGCAAUUCACCCUGACCCAAGAGACGCUGCAGACCAAAGAGCAGUCCUUGGAUGACCUGCAAACGCAGUAUGAUGGACUGAAGGCCAGAUUAGAAGAGUUCCAAAGUGACACUACUUCUAAAGAUGAAAUGAUCCAGUAUUUGCAGAAUGAGAAGAUUGUCUUAGAAGUAGCUCUGCAGGCGGCAAAGGCAAGCAAAGAGCAACUUGAUGAAGGAGUAAUGCGCCUUGGAGAAGAUAGAGAAGUAGCAUCAGAAAUCUUAGAACAACUGAGGCAAGAAAUGGCAAUCAAGUCAAGCCAGGUAGAAAGUCUGCAACAAGAAAAUGCCAGCCUUAAAAAACAGGUUCAAAAAGUAAAGGAACAGUUCCUGCAGCAGAAGGUAAUGGUGGAAGCUUACCGAAGAGAUGCAAGUUCCAAGGACCAGCUCAUUAGUGAACUGAAAGCUACAAAGAAACGGCUGGACUCAGAAGUGAAAGAGUUAAAACGAGAGUUACAGAAAAUUCAAGCUGAAAAACAGUCACUUGAAUCUGAACAUUCAAAACUGCAGAAGGAAGUGUCUCAGGUUCACCAGCAGAUGGUGGAAAUAGAAAAUCAUCUUCAGUCAGUGCAGAAAGAACGAGAUGAUAUGGAAACACGCCUACAGUCUUUGCAGUUCGAAAAGGAACAAAUGGCGUCGCUUGCUGAGGCAAAUCAGACAUUAAAACAGCAAGUGGAACAAAUGCAAGAAGAAGCAAAACAGGCCAUUACUGAGCAGAAACAGAAAAUGAAGCGUUUAGGGUCAGACCUGACGAGUGCUCAGAAAGAGAUGAAAGCAAAACAUAAAGCCUAUGAGAAUGCAGUCAGCAUUCUUAGUCGUCGGCUACAGGAAUCUCUCACUGCAAAGGAAUCUGCUGAAGCAGAGUUGAGCAAACUAAAAGCGCAAAUCACUGAUGGUGGAAGCGACCAGAUUGCUCAAGAAAAGAUUCGAGCUCUGGAGACAGAAUUGCAAGCUGUUAGCAGCAGUAAGUUGAUGCUGGAAAAAGAGUUGCAAGAAGUGAUUUCUCUUACCAGCCAGGAGCUUGAAGAAUACAGAGAGAAAGUGCUGGAACUUGAGGAUGAGCUUCAGGAAUCUAGAGGCUUCAGGAGGAAGAUAAAACGUUUAGAAGAAAUUAAUAAGAAGUUGGCCCUUGAGCUGGAGCAUGAACGUGGAAGACUCGCAGGUCUUAGUCAGUCCAAUGCUGCUUUGCGGGAGCACAACAAUAUCCUUGAAACAGCAUUAGCAAAAAGAGAGGCAGACUUGGUACAACUGAAUCUGCAGGUUCAGGCAGUCCUAAAGCGGAAAGAGGAAGAGGAUCAGCAAAUGCAACUACUUAUUCAAGCUUUACAGGCUUCCUUAGAGAAAGAAAAGUCAAAAGUUAAAGACCUUAAGAAGCAGGAGGCAGCAGCCAAAGCGGAUGCAGCACAUAACCGCCGUCAUUACAAAGCUGCUGUGCUUGAGCUCAGUGAAAUCAAGAAAGAGCUUCAUGCCAAAGAACUGCUUGUCCAAGCCCUUCAGGCUGAAGUGGACAAACUACAGGUAGAGGAUGGAAAACAUUCCCAGGAGGUAUCAUGGUUUCAGCAAGAGCUGGCAGAAGCUAGGUCGCAGCUCCAACUUCUGCAGAAAAAGCUGGAUGACAAGCUUAGUGAACAGCCUGCAGUAAACCAAGAGGUGGAAGACCUCAAGUGGGAAGUAGAAAGAAAAGAAAGAGAAAUUGAAACACUUAAGCAGCAGUUGGAUAUGAGUGAACAGCGCAGCCACAAGGAGAUAGAAGGGAUACAAGUUGUCUUGCAGAAUAUCAAGACAGAGUUGGAAAUGGUGAGAGAAGACCUAUCAGCGACUCAGAAGGAUAAGUUUAUGCUGCAGGCUAAAGUGACUGAACUGAAGAACAGCAUGAAGUCACUCCUGCAGCAGAACCAGCAACUGAAAUUGGACCUGAAGCAUGGCAAGAUGAAAAAGAGGAAGGAACUGAAAGGAGAGAAUAACUCUUCAAAUCCUGUGACUCCUGUCAAAAUUCCUGAUUGUCCAGUGCCUGCUGCCUUGCUGGAAGAACUGUUGAAACCAUCGACAGCUGUGAGCAAGGAGCCUUUAAAAAAUCUGAACAGCUGUCUGCGGCAAUUAAAGCAAGAAAUGGACAGCCUUCAGCGUCAGAUGGAGGAACACACCAUUACAGUACAUGAAUCAAUGUCUUCGUGGACUCAGAUUGAGGGGCAGCUAAUGGACCUUACCUCUACCAGUCCUGCAACUGCUUCAGACCAGCAGGAGAUUCAUACUGUAGAUGAAAAGAAACAUAAUUGUAGUGUUAGUGACAAGGAAGCUUUGACACUAUAACGUCCUUAUCAGCUGUCUUUCUUCCUAUGCUUUAAGUAUGUAAACAAAUCUUUAUCAAAAUUAUUUAUUUAUUUCAUUUUUUAAAAUGCUGUUCAAAGUUGUGCUUUUGCCUGUAGAAGCAAAGGGCAUGGUUUUGAGAAACUGGUGGAAUAUUAAAUACAGAACAUGCUAUUCCAAGGGUUUGUUUGAGACCUGACCAUAAUAAUUGGGUCAUGUUGGGGACUUCUGAGUGGUACAUAUAAAUCAUUUUGGGUGUUAGUAAGAGAUUCUGAUGAAGGUUUAAAGUGAGGUCAAGAGGAGCAUCUGCUUCCAGGUCUGUCUUCAUUGACAGGAUGAGUUUGUUAAGGAAUGACUGUUAAUUGUGUAACAUCUAGGUUUUGGUGUGUCAGUUUUUAAUUUGGGGGUAGGAGGAGUAUUGGUUUUCCUCAUCUUGGGUUGUAUCCAAAUCACAGGGUAGAAUAAGUUCUAUUCAUCUUCAGCCAUUAGCGGCGGUUGGGAACUGGGUAUUCUAAGCAUCCUCUCUCCUCCCUCCUAUAAUCUCUUCUUGAAAUUCACAAUACAACUAUUUCUUACUUAGAAAAAAAAUAAAUUUCAUUUGAAGCCAUUUCUAGUUGUGAAGAUGACCUCUGACCUAUAGCAAAAGAAAGGAGACUGUAAAGACAAGCAAUACAGACCAGUAUGUAGACCUUUGGCAGAUUUGCCUGGGAUGUUUUCUGAAUCACCAGUUUUUCUCUUACAGUCGCAGGCCAGUAGGGAGCUUUGCUUCUUCACUGCACAAACACUUGCACCUUUUUAGUUCAACUUUUGAAGUAGACACUCUUGAAAAAGAUUUCUUGGAAAUACUUGUGCACUGUAUUGGGAUCAGCUGCGCUCCUUCCCCACUCAUGCAAUGGGAGGAUCUGAUCCAAUACUGUUUAUUCAGGCAAUAUCCUAGCUGAAGUCUGUGAGAACUUCAUAUGAGUAAACAUUCACAAUGAAAGUUCUAGUACUCAUGUUUUCAUGGGUUACUUAUUGCUCCUUAAGGGGAGUGAACUGCAGUGGCACGGAUGUGUUAACGUUAGCUGUGAGAAGAUCAAAGGUGCGCUGGCAACAGAUAGUAUUAGAAAUAUAAAUUUAACUUAAAGAUGACAAAUUCACUACUGAUGAUGCAAAAUCUUUGCUGUACAAUUUAUUAACUUUGUUGGGGAAGUGUGAAGAGUUGCAUGUGACUUGCUGUGACCAGAGCCUUUAACUAUGUUCAUGUGAAAGCAAUUACAGCCCAAAGUAAUUACUAAUGCUUGUCAGCUGUCAUUUGAUCACUCUUGUCUCCUACUAAUGUGUAACAUUUCAGCCUUGAGCAGUAGGGCACUCUAAUUUCCAAUACAGAUGCACAGAUUUCCAGGGGAGGGAAGGAUGUUCUAUGAAAUUGUAAAGGAAAUAGCGUUACUUUACACAUGACAUCCAGUAAUGUCUGCUUAGGCUGUAUUUGUAAAGGUAGAAGUUAAUCACAUCGUGUUCUUGAGUGGAUAACCCAGGGCAUGGAGGAGUUACGCUAUGUACAAUUAACGUUUAUGAUCAUACAAAGCAUGUUGAUUGUAAAAAUUAUGUGCAUAGGAAUUCCUUUAAAAGUUUUGUGCAAUAAACUAUUUUUGGUAAAGGGUUCCAUGUUGUUUUUACUUUUGAAGAGAAAUUGCUAUCAUCCUUUGGUUUUGGACAGUAAUUGUUAUGUUUAGGAUUCUGAACAUGCUGUAUAUGCACCUUUUCAGGAAAAAAAAAAUCUUAUUUUGAAAGAUGCCAUUUUCACACAUCUAAUGUUAAAUGUGAUGGAAGUACGAGCACAUCAGGAAAGAAAUGCCCUGAGGGUACCUCCUACGUUUGCCAACGCCUUUGUGCGCGAAGACUGAAGUGGAACAGUGCCGGGAUGUCACGUUGACCCGAACUCCGCCAGCGGCGGUGACGAGGGCAGAGGUUACCGUGCCCCGCUCCAUUAACCUGUGACCGAAAGGGCCGUUGUCAACGCCAUCCCUGCCUUCUGGCCCCGGGGCGGCCGGUGCCACGCUGGGAACGGACCCGUUUCCCUCUAAGGCCGUUUUCCCGCGCCGCCGCGGUGAGGCCGAACCUUCCUCUGGGAUCCCGGA